AUAGUAAUUAACAUAUGAAAUUUAGGAGAAUAUUAGUAUUUCUCAAUUUUAAUUGGUACACGAAUCCAUCCACUGCUGUGCUGCAGCUUAAUGCUUAUCGUUUGGACCAAGACCCAAAAUUUGGAUAAGUUGAGUUGUGAUAAAGGUAAGGAUAAGAGAAAUUAAUACCCCCAUUUUGGUAAUUUAAGGUCCCAUACUUAUACCAGAAACCAUUUCCAAGAAAAGAAGAAGAUAUAAUGACUUAUAAUUUGCGGCAAUAACACGCACUACUACUACUAGUAUUGUACUCUUCGUUUGCUUAAAUUUUAACCAAACCAAACCUUUCUUUUUCGUUUUCCUUAAAUACCCCUACCACGGACCUAUUUACUUAUUGCCAAAGACAAAUUAAGUUAAUUAAUUAAUUAGUACUACAUAUUUACUCUGCUCUGCAGUGAUUGAUUAUAUAUGGCGGUUUCUGAUGCGGUGGUGGCGAACUUGACGACGAUUUACGUGAUAGUUAUCGCGUUAAUAAAGGGUUAUGGUAUAAUACUGGGGCGGAGCUUCAGUGGUGUGAUUGUUCUGAUUGUAUCCACAGUGUUAGUGAUAUUGAUUCUAAUAGGAACGCUUACUUGGGAUAUGUCACGCAAAGCGGCCACCUACGCUUUCUCCACUCAUCAUCAUCCUCAUCAUCAUGUUCAUGAGAUUUGCAAGGGUGGAAUCUGCUGGCACGGCGUAGCCGUACAAUCGCCGGCUUCUCAGCUCCGGUUUAGGCUACCCCACCAACUACCUACUUAUCCCAAUUAAUUUGUAAACUAUAUACAUAUAAGAAGAAAGAGAAGAGGCAUGGAUUUUCAGAAAGAUUUGGUUUUCAUUUUAAUUCACACGCUGCAAUAUAUGUAUGUAUAUAGUAUAGAUAUAAUUUGUAGGUUUGGGCUUCAUGUGUUUGAUUUUAUGACUGUGAGAGUAAGGUGUGACUCUCUGCAAAUGAAAAUAGAAAUAAAAAUAUUGUACAUAA